AUGGCGUCUGUUUCGCCACCCAAACCCUGGGAAAGAGCCGGCGCAACCGCAGGAACCACUGCAUUAUCGGCGCCCGCGACCGCGACCUCUACCGCGAUGACCCCAGCAACCACUUCGGCGGCCCCGACCGCAGCAACCUCCACAACAUCAACCGCCCCCUCUCUCCCCACCCGACCAAGCACACUCAGCACAGUUGCGAACCAGAACGCAUCGGCUUAUUCACCGUACGGAGCCUCGCGAUUCGGGGCAUCUCCAUACGGUGGAAUGGGCGGUUAUGGCAGUUACUCUUCGCCAUAUUCGCGUUUUGGCGGCAUGGGCUCGAUGUACGGUGGCUAUGGAGGGUACGGAGGCAUGUACGGUGGUAUGGGCGGGUACGGGGGGAUGUACGGCGGUGGCAUGCCCGGUGAUCCCAAUGAUCCGAAUAGCUUGACGAAUUCGUUCAGCCAGAGCACUCAGGCGACGUUCCAGAUGAUUGAGAGCAUUGUCGGGGCGUUUGGUGGAUUCGCUCAGAUGCUCGAGAGCACGUAUAUGGCGACGCAUAGCUCGUUCUUUGCCAUGGUAUCUGUCGCGGAGCAGUUUGGAAACCUACGCAACACUCUCGGCUCUGCUUUGGGCAUCUUCACAAUCAUCCGCUGGUUCAGGACACUGAUUGCUAAAAUCACCGGUCGCCCACCACCGGCUGAUGCCACCGCACUUACACCUGCGGCGUUUGCUGCUUUCAUGGGCGGCCGCUCGGUACUCCCAGAUGGCUCUCCGGCCCCUCCACGACCGUCAAGAAAGCCCUUUUUGAUGUUCCUGGUCGCGCUGUUCGGUCUUCCAUACCUGAUGGGCAAGCUUAUCAAGGCACUUGCCCGCUCACAAGAGGAGCAACGCCAGAAGAUGAUGGUCGGCCCCAACGGCGAACCCACGCAAGGCUCUCUUGACCCGGCUAAACUGGAUUUCUGCCGGGUGCUCUAUGACUAUACCCCCGAAUCCCAAGAGACCAACGGCAUUGAUCUAGCGGUGAAGAAGGGGGACAUUGUUGCCGUUCUCAGCAAAUCAGACCCGAUGGGCAAUGCCUCGGAAUGGUGGCGUUGCCGGGCGCGAGACGGUCGGGUUGGGUACCUUCCAGGCCCGUACCUAGAGACAAUCCAGCGCAAACCCCAACAGCAGGCGAUCACAUCCGGCAGCGAGGCGAGCAGCCGCAGUAACACGAUGCAAGCGCAGGUAACCGGGGAGGUUUCCGCCGCAGCACAGAAGCCUGAACUCAAGGGUAAAAUGGGCGACAUCAGCCCGGAGAGUUUCCAAAAGAGCGCCUUUUACUCAUGA